GGGGGGGGGGAUAAAGCGUGUCAAAUAACGUUUAUAAUUAUUGUUUACUCCAUAACAGGCAAGUCUUUAGGGAUCAUUUUAAUUUUUUUGGGGGGGGGGCGGUCAGUCCUUCCCCUCCCCUCCAGCUCAACCCUCUAGUUGUAUAAUGGCUGCAGGUGCACUACAGUCACAAAAGAGGAUGCACUCGUGUAUGGACAGCCGUUUGAGCAUUUAUUUCAUAUCCCUGAUGUACAAAUGAAGGUCCAUUCAUAUACUAGUACCCUCUUUGUCCUCACUAGUAAGGCAAUUUGGCUCACAAGUAGAACCACAGUGUCUUACUAGUAACAUUUUACCACUACUAGUGCUACUUUUGGCGAAUGACUACGAUAUCAGGGCUAUGGAAUAAAUGCACAAAUGUGUUUCCAUUUAAUUUAAUAUCCAUGUUAAGGUCCUCACGAGUAAGACAGUUCAUCUUAAGUUUCAUGUACCAGUACUCUACUAGUGUACCUUUUGGCUUGCGAGUAUGAAAGUGAAAGCUGCUUGAGCAUUUAGUUUUCUUUUGAUAGCCGUCUGCAUCAGUAGGCUCUUUCUCCCCACUAGUAAUUCAUUGGACUAGUAGAAUGACUGUGUCUUAGUAGUUGUCGUUUUUCCACUGCUAGUGCCAAUGUUGUACAAACUUAAGAUGGAUAUCAGAUGGAAAGAUAAAGUAGAUAUGUUAGAUCUACUGUAUCUAUUUCGGAGAACUACAUGUUACUAGUGAGUCUCAACCAUGCCCUAGUUGAUCUGGAUAACAAAUAAAUGAUCAAACUGAUUUCCAUACCGUUCACUACUACAUGAUGUUUUUGCACACUAGUAGGUCAACUUUACUCUGGUCACUUAUAGUCGUUCUACUAGUGUGCCCUAGUUUUACUAGUAAAUGCACAAUUCAGUGCUGGUAGGGUAUAGAAUAAAUGCUCAAACAGCUUUCCAUUUCGGCUUGUGCCACACGCUAGUACCACCAAAGUGCCCACUAGUAAUUUUGUGUCUUUAGUAACAUGUAGAAUGUCCUACUAUUGUGCGGAAAUAUCAUACAGUAAUGGAUAAAAACCUAACUAGUAAGAUACAGUUCAACUCGUGCACUGCAUUAAUAAAUAAAAAAAACAGCUUUACAUACUUAAGGCAUUUCUUCCCAAUCAGUCUCCUGACUCCAGGUGACCUUAAUUCACCUAGGAUGAUGAUGUGAUUUUUGAGACUUUUUAUUGCAUAUGCGUCGAACCUCCUUCCUGUCUCCGGGGAGGAUGUGCUAGCUGCUGCUUUUUCGUUUUGUUGGUGAGCAUUGUUCUGCAGGUUGUCGCCUCGCCAGGAAGUUUACACUUGACGGCUAUCUGCACUAUGACAGCACUUUGCUCCUGCACUUUUUUAUUUUUUUUAUUUGCAAAGUACAAGACAAAGGCCCCAAAAAUGGUAGAAUUAUUUGGAGUUCAACCAGUUCUAUGAGACUUCACUUCAGUCAGGGGUGUCAAACUUGUUUUCAUGGUUGCCCUCAGGGGGCAGGCAAUAAAGGUGAAAUCUCAAAUGUAUAAUCACUAUGCAUGUAAUGGUAUGCCUAAAAUCUAGGUUUGGUUAGGAACCUUGGUUUUAAGACUAUCCAUAAUCCAGUCAACAACUAAUAAUUGUAUUCUUGACGUGUGACCCACUUUCCGUCUAGCUGCUGAUCUGUAGCAUAUGUAUUUAAUCCUACCUGGGUCAAGGUGUAGAGGAUUUUACCUGCACAAGGAGAAGUUUAAGUCACUGAGUAGACGCGUGGUCAUCGCUGAAACCUUCAGCCACCGGUGUGUUCUAUAUACUGUAGCUUUUUAUGGAAUCUAUUUACAGCUUGGUAACUUAUAGGACACUGUCUACACUUUCUACAAUGGGAAACGCUGUUCAACCUUGCAUGACUCUUGCUGCUAACUGAAUGGAAAGCUGUUUGGGUGAUUUAUUUCAUAUCCGUGAUAUCCAGUUAAAGGUACCACCUAAAAAAUAAUAAUAAUAAUAAUUCUUGGAUCUCCAAGUACCAAGUGUUCAUCCGAAAUGCAACAGUUUUAUUCCAAAGUAUACUACCAAUCAAAGAUUUGCAGACACUUCUCCAUUCAGUAGCAUUAGGAAGUGUUCCAAACCUUUUGAGUCGUAGUGUAUAGUUAUUGUAAGUCUCUAUAACAUUAUGCAAUAUGCACAGUUUGUGUUAACACUGCACUUAAAUGGGAAAAAACAAACUUGAAUACUUCAACUUUAUUGGCUUAAAUGAAUAAGUAUUGUACUAAAACGUUAAAUACAACUGAACUGAACUGUACUUCGACAGUGAUUCUUUCGCGAACCACUUCAGAGAGCCCGUGUACCACUAGUGGUACUAGUACCACACGUUAAAACACUUUAUCACACUAACACACUCAAUUGGCUUUACGAGUGAGCAUAAUUAGUGUACUUGUAUAUAUCUGGAAAUCAAGAAUAAUCAAAUGCUCAAAUGGCUUUCCAUACAGACUGGCCUUUGUGUGUUUCCCUUCCAGGUGGAUUUGCGAGCAUACACACUUCCUCCUCAUUGUGCCCCCGUUAUGUUUUAUUAGCCAAAUGUUCUGUUAUUCUUAGCCAAGCAGGAUGUUUAUACGAUCGCCGUGUAGAAAUAUGACUGGCAAGGCCAGAGUGUUUAUCUUUCUUCCUGCUCCUCAGGUCGUCACUAUCGCACUUCCCUGAGCAUCCCUCCAUCCCCUCCUCCUUUUUGCAUGCCUGCAUAGCCCUCCUCUGCAUCCCACUCAAGGAUGAAAUCACAUCCACUGUGAUAAACCUCAUCUCUCAAUUAUUAUUAUUAGUCGUAGUAGUAGUAGUAUGCAGCUCGAACAAACAUUUAUUUCUGGUGCUGUCCAGUGAUAGUCCAUUUAUUGAAAUAAAGCACCGCAGGUAGACUCCUCCAGGAAAGUGGAUCUUCCUCCACAGCAACGUCACUGAAGUGGUCCACCUCAGAUCUUGUCACGGUCAUUCCGUUCAGAAUCCAUACAGCAACAGCCUCUGUUCCAUAAUCGCCACCUGACACGCUUGCCAAGCAGGAGAGGAGGGGGGGAGGAGAGAGGCGAAGCAGCAGUUAAAAAAAAAAAAAAAAGGCCAAAAGUUGCUUGAUUGGAUUCAGGUCUGGGGAACGGGCCAGGCCAGUCCAUAGCAUCAAUGCCUUCUUCAUGCAGCAACUGCUGACACACAAAAUGUCUGUGAGCCAUGAGACUUUUUGUUGUUUUUCAGCAGUGUAGUAGUCGAAGUACAAGUGUGCGUUAAGUGCGGCUAGAACGAGCAUGAACCCCUACGUUUACGGCUGAGUUGGCCCGCCUAGAGUCCAAUCAAUGCAACGAGAUUGGACACGUUGGUUAAAACUCCCCGAAAAAAACACACCAGCUUUGAGUUUGCUAUUCUCAAGAAGCAUUGCCAAACGUGAAUCACGCCUCACGCGAAAACCACGCUCAGUGAAAAUAUGGAAACUUAAUACUUUGUUUUUCUCUACUGUUCUUUCUUGGAUGAUCACAUUUUAUGACCAUUUUAUACAUGAAUCCAGGUAAUUCCAAGCGUUUCAUGUACAUUUUCCAGCAACUGUGUAUAGAAUUAAACUGUACAAUACCACUGCCCUAUGUCAAAAGUAGUUAAAGUGGUGCUAAUGGUAGAUUAUUUUAGAGAGGAAAAUAAUGUUAACCGCUGUAAAGUAAAACUUUGCAACAGUAAAUUGCACACUUGCUGUUAACUGGUGACUGAUGCAGGUGUGUGUAUGUGUGUGCGUGUAUAACUGUCAUAUGCUUGGGAGGAAAGUCAUUUCCCAUAAAGACGGAACACAGCUGACUUUGUGGUGUGCAUGGCAUCCCUGUUGGCAUAUUUUCGCAGAAACCGUAUUGGACUGAGCAGCCAGGAUGGGAUGAAGACAUGUUCCAUUUCUUGGACUAUGCUUAUCGUCCCACUUUUCGAACAUUUUUGGGGAUAAUAUUUUAGCCUGCCAUGCCGCAUCAUGUCACUGACAUGAAUUCGAAAUGACUCAACGAGAUGAUACUCGUUCUUUCACAAACAUGUUGCACCCUGUCUGAUGUCAGACUUUCCAGAAGCGAGCAGAACCGUGUGCGAGUGCGUAAUCGGGACUGGAAAAAGUGAUUAAAAAGCAGUCGCAGUCUUUUUUUGUUUUUGUUUUUUUGGCUGUAGGGGUUAAUCAGCUGCCACUUAAUGACUCAUGUCAUGUGAUGCCACUAAGCCCCCCCCCCCUCCCCCCCCCAAGAACUGCUCAUUUGAGUGGACUCACUGGAGACAGACAAAUUAAAGCUUAACCGUGCGUGUCCUCACGUCCAAUGCUCUCCUCGGAUUAAUCUGUCAUCAGACUGCGUGUUUGUGCCCGUCCGAGAUAUGACUGAGGUGAUGAUCAACAGCACCCCCAUGGAUGACAUGAGGCUCAGUCCCUCCAAGGACAGACUUUCCUUCCAGAUCUUCCCCGACCCGUCCGACUUUGAGCGCUGCUGUAAGCUCAAAGACCGCCUGCCCUCCAUCGUGGUGGAGCCCACGGACGGCGAGGUGGAGAGCGGCGAGCUGCGCUGGCCUCCUGAGGAGUUCCUGGUCAGCGAGGAGGACGACGAAGAGGAGCCCAACCACAGCGUCGUCCAAAACGGACAGGUGACCGCGAACUCCCAGCGCUAGGAGCCGUGUCGUAACUUCCGAUGUCAGACCCGCCUCACCCUCGUUCACGCACUGGUCACGCUGCACCUUAAACCUUUCCAGCUGACACCACCCGAAAGAGAAGCAAUACACCCUUCUGUCGCACUGCCAGACGAUGGGACCCACUUUACACACUUGAGAAAAGACUGGGUGGUGGGACUGCGCUCACAUUGGGGCCACAAAAUGCUUCCCCCCCCCCCCCACCCAAAAAAAAAAAGCAGAACUUGUUCUUAACCCUACAGCUGUGUGUUCACUUUCUGGAUUGCUGUUAAGUAUUUGUCUUUGCGUGAGAAGGUUUUGUUUGUUGUUGUGGGUGUCAAAUGUGGUGAGGAUUUUUUUUAUUUUUUAUUUUGUUUUGCGGUCGAAAGUUGACAUCUACGUACUACUAGUGAAGUGCUAGAUGUUGAACUAAGAGAUUCUUGUAAUGUCACUAGGAGAACUAGUAGCAUGCAGAUGUUAACUAGUGCACAGGUUUGCCUCAAUACUAAUAGUUGUCCUACUAGUGCGGACAAACCGUACUAGGACCUUUUACAGCUGUUUGAGCAUUUAUUCAAUACCCUUUAUAUCCAGAUUUUAAAAAAUAAAUAAAUAAAAAAACAUUAGUAAGGUGGCCUUUCUACAAGUGUGCUGAUUUGUCUUAGUGAGGACAAGGAGCAUACUGGUACAUGGACCUUCAGAUGGAUAUUAAGAAUAUUGAGUAAAUGCGCAAAUGACUUUAAAGCUCAGUGUUCUAGAGGGAAACCUGUACACUAGGUGACAACUACUGUAUGUGCUCGUCGUUCUACUUUUGCGCUCGACUGGCGGUUUUAAACAAGUGAGCAAAGGAAAGGAGGCUAACAUGCUAACCGGAUGCUAUUUGCCCGCCAAGGGAAGCCUUAUGACUCGAUCGCAUGCAAAUUACGAUAUGUUUUUGUGGUUUUCCCCCGCAUCGAGCUAAUGACGUUGAACGUAUACAGUAAAUAAUGGAUCCCGUCGCAAGUGAACGCCCCUUUGUAUUCUUCAAACUUGUUUCUUUCGAAGCAGCUGUACUUUUUGUCACAAAGUAGCUUUGAUAUGUAGACCAUUCAACACGUUCCACCUUAAAUGUCAAAAAGUAGCAUUUCCGUCCACUUUUUCUUCUGACUUGUCAUUUGUGGCAUUAGGGCUGUGUACAGGAUGUUGUUGUUUUUUUUUUCUUUUUCUUCUUCCUUCUGUCUAUAACCGAGCAGGUUGUUGUUAUUUUUGUCAAGCUCAGGGAGAAUA